AUGAAACUUGAAGAUGGUACAAAUGAUGAACACGUUAUGAAGCCAAGGGAAGUUGGCAAUUCAAGUCCAAUGGGUUUGUUUGCUUUUGGAUGCACCACUUUCAUGUAUGCACUAUAUCUUAUUCAAGUAGGAAACAUAACAAAUAGCAAUGCUGGACUUGGGGUAGCAUUAGUUUAUGGUGGUGGUCUCCAAAUUCUUGCCGGAAUGUGGGAAAUAUACUCUGGAAAAACUUUUCCUGCAACAGUUUCUUGCACUUACGGUGCUUUUUGGAUUUCUUUUGGUAUUAUUUAUUUUCCAAAUGCUGGGAUUAUUGCUUCAUAUAAUGGAGAUCAAGCGAUGUUUGGAAAAGCUGUUAGCAUCUAUCUUAUACCUUGGACUACUACAUAUGUCGCCACUUUAACAUUCAUUUUUGUAGUACUUGAAUUUAUCGCUCUCGUUAUUGCUAAUUAUACGGGUAUUGGUGCUUGGACUCGCGUUGGUGGAUCUCUUGGAGGUAAAUGA